ACAGCGCACCGGCCCGCGGCCGCGACCUCCUCCGCUGCUCCCAACGGCACGGAGACCGAGAAGGCCGGGCAGAGGGAGCACGAGGUCCGCGGGCGGGACGCCAUGCCGGGUGCGGACUACGAGGACGAUGAGGAGUAUGAGGAGGCGCUGCCCGUCCACCAGUACCUCGUGGAUGAUACAAUUCGAGUUGAACCUGUGGUUAAACCCAAGCCAACAAAGAGGGGGGGGGAGAAGAAUGCUGGCAAAUCAAGAAGGAAGAAAAACAAAGGGAAAAACAAAAAGAAGGGGACUCCCUGUGAAUUGGAAUACAAAAACUUUUGCAUCCAUGGUGAAUGCAUAUACCUAGAACAUCUCCAGAUGGUGACCUGCAAGUGUUAUCAGGAUUUUUUUGGUGAGCGCUGUGGUGAACAGUUCAUGAAGACUCAAAGGAAGAAUGAUGUGGCAGACUACUCGAAGACUGUCUUGGUAGUGAUAGCUGUCCUGCUCUCAAGCAUCAGCUUCAUUACUGUACUUAUCAUUGUGAUAGUGCAGGUCAGGAAAAAGUGUCCUCAGUAUGACGAGAAAGAAGAACGGAAAAAACUUCGACAAGAAAACAGAAAUGGCCAUGUUGGUGUGUAA